AUGUGCGCCCAUAUCUCUGGGAAUCCGCUGUCUGCACUUCAGACAGCGGGAAUCAAGCUUCCACCACAGAAGCUCACGCCCAGGUGCCCCGUACUUGUAAGUGCCGAAGUGUCGGAGAUGAGCGGUGUGGUCCAGGAGACAAGCUCCGAAGUGCAGCUCAUAAAAAAGGAGGUCGCGGCUCUGCGCGCCGAUUACAAAGAUCUCCUGGCCAAGUACGACAACUUGAGCCUGAAGCUGAGCGAGCGUGUGGCAGCGCUCGAGAAGGGCCGGGCGGCGGCAAACAAGGAGGGCAUUGUGGGCGCCCCGGGACAGCCAGACGCCGGUUCGCCCUCCAAGCGGGUGGAUUCUUGCCCAGAUCCUGCUCUCAACGACACCGCGGCCUCCCCCCUUGCAGGUUUUCGGGUUGCCUCGCGGCUUGGGGCCAACCAAGAAGCAGCGCCGCAGCAGCAGAACGUGGCAGCGUCGCGCGAAGGCCAAUACGCCCCCGCAUCGCCAUCUCCAGCCCCCGCUCAUGCAACUGCGCAGCAGCCAAGCGUGCCACCAGCACGGGACGCGGUGUACUUUCCGCAUGCGGCAUCUCGACCACCCGCGCCGCAGCGUCCAGUCGCUCCUAUCCAAGCUCCUCCACGCCCACCAGCGCCCAUAUUCCAUCAAGGAUACUUUCCCUUGCCGCAAUAUCCGCCACCACCCGGGAUGCCGUACUACUGGCCGGGAGCUCCACCGCAGCAUGCACCCCCCCCGCAGCAGUCAUACCCCCCUCUCGCAUUCCCGAGUAUGAGUGGCGCGGGUGAAAGCGGCGUGGAUUGGCCGCGGGACUCUGGAGUCGAAGCAGUAGGCGCUGGAGCAGCUUCCGACGCCUUAACCCAGGGGAGGGUUAAGUAUAAAUACACGGGCGUUAUAGGCGGCGGAAAUGCAUGGCAUGCCAAGCUUCUGAUGCCCACCCCGUACAAUCAUAUCCGCAUGGGGCCGUUCCCGAGCGAGGAGGAGGCAGCAAAGGGAUACAAGGCUGCAGCUCUAGUGGUUAGGCCGGCGGGGUGUCGCAUCCAGCGAAGUGGCGCGAAUGGCGGCGACUCUUCUGCAGGUACCUCACGCUCCAACGAUGCUGCCUCCAAGGCAGCAAGCAGCUUCUAG